UUCCCCUCAUACCCUCACCCUCACCGCAUCCCUUCCGAAGCACACAACAAAAAUGAAUCCUCCAUCAUUUCUUUCAUCUUUCUUUCUUCUCUUCCUUUUACUUUCUUUGUUUUUCCUGAGCAUCAAUGGCCAAAACCUCAUCUACGACACUUGCAAAACCUCCUCACAACAAGACCCCAAUGUGAAGCUCCAAUUUUGCACCUCCUCUCUCCAAGCUGCACCAGCUAGCCACUGCGCCGACCUUAAUGGCCUUGGGAUGAUGUCCAUCAGACUAACACGAUAUAACCUUACUGAUACCAGAUGUUACAUCAAACAGUUGCUGAAAAACAACACAAAGAAGCUUGAUCCUUAUGUAAAGUCGUGUUUGGAUGAUUGUUUUGAACUCUACUCUGAUGCUAUCCCGAGUAUCAAACAGGCCAUGAAGAGUUACAAUUCCAAGCGUUAUUUUGAUGCAAACGUACAGAUAAGUUCGGUUAUGGAUGCUGCUACAACUUGUGAAGAUGGGUUUAAAGAGAAAAAGGGCGUCAUUUCUCCACUUACCAAGAAAAAUGAUGCAACGUUUCAAUUGUCUGCUGUGGCGCUUUCAAUUAUGAACAUUCUUCAGAGUGAUUCAAAAUGAUCUUGAACGAUUUGAUAUGUAAAAGAUCAUGCCAUAUUCUUAAUUAAUAUAUCUAUUUUUAGCUGUGAAUUAUAUAUAUAUUUUUUAAUAUAAUAUAUCUUCAUAUA